CGAGUGAGAAAAUGUCCGCAAAAACUGUCCGCAAAAAAGUGUUUUUAAAAAAGUGUCCAGAAAAUCCGCAAGAAAAAAUCCGCACAAAAUAUAAUGUCCUCAAAAAUGUCCGCAAAAAUCCGCAAGAAUGAUGUCCGCAAAAAAGUGUUUUCCGCAAUAAUUGUAACCCCCGUAUUUACAUUUAUUUUAAUUGCCAUUUUUUAAUUUUUUUAUAAAUUUCAGCAAUAUUUUAAAAAUUUAAUUCCACCUUUAUGAAUUGUGAAGAAAUUACUUAUCAAGUGGAUCCAUCCAUUGCUGAGGAAAAUAAGCGUGUAUUUAUUCUUGGAAUUGGAAAUCCGCUUUUAGAUAAACAAUUGGAGACGGUCGACACUAAAUUACACGAAAAAUAUAAUUUGAAGACGGACUCGGCGUCGUUGGUGUUUCCGUGGAAUGAACAGCAAUUGCUUCCUUUAUUUGCCGAUUUGGAUGGCCUUAAAGAUUCAAUAAAAUCCAUUCCUGGAGGUUCAGCUCAAAAUACAUUACGUGUCUUUCAAUGGGUUUUGGGAGCGAUUGGUGGCCCUAUAAAAAAUGCCGCUGCCUAUUUUGGCGCUGUAGGGGAUGACAACAACGCCGAACAUCUAAAAUUGCUGGCAACAAAAGCUGGUUUAGUUGUUUGGUAUCAAUUAAUACCUCAACAAAAGACGGGGGUAUGUGCUGUUUUGGUUUAUGGAACGGACAGAUGUCUAGUUGCUCACUUGGGUGCAGCAGAAAAAUUCACUUCGAAACAUUUGGACAUUCCUGAAAAUAAAUUGCUUGUAGAAAAGGCAGAGAAUUAUUAUGCUGAAGGCUAUUUCCUCACAGUCUGUCCAGAAGCAAUUUUACAAAUAGCUAAACAUGCAGCAGAGAAAAACAAGCCUUUCACAAUGAGUUUAAGUGCUGCUUAUAUUUGUAAAGAUUUUUUACCUCAACUUAAUUCUGUGUUACCUUAUGUUGAUGUACUUUUUGGUAAUGAAGAAGAAGCUAAUGCAUAUGCUGAAGCUAAUAAAUUUAAAGAAAAUGAUUUGAAGGAAAUUGUGAAGAAAAUUGCUAGUCAUGAAAAGAUAAACACUCUUCGUUCCCGCCUUGUUGUUAUAACACGUGGAGAGAAGUCUAUAUUUGUUGCAAUUGGCAGUGGAGAGUUUCAAACAUUUCCAGUGGAUACAAUAGAGAGGAAUUUAAUUAAAGAUACAAACGGGGCUGGGGAUGCUUUUUCUGGGGGCUUUCUUGCUGCUCUGGCAAAUGGGCGUCCCUUAGAAAAAUGCAUUAAAGCAGGCAAUUUUGCUGCACGUACAAUUAUUCAAAAUGUGGGUUGUACUUUUCCUGAUAAUUGUGAUUAUAAAGAAGACUAA